AUGCUACAACGCUAUUUUGAUUAUCUUAAAGUUAAAGAAGGUGAUGGUGUUCAAAAGAUUACUUACCUAAGGAAUAAAGAUAUUAUUCCUAUGGGACCCGAGAGAAGAAUCUGGGGAGUUUGGUCUUUAACUUUCUAUUGGUCUAUCACGAAUGUCACUAUUAGUACUUGGUCUGGUGCAUCUUCGUUACUUUCGUUAGGGCUCUCAGUGGGAGAAACAAUGGGUAUAAUUCUUAUUGGAAAUAUAAUCAUUGCAACGCUCGCACUCUUGAAUGCUGCUCCUGGUGGCUACUAUCACAUUGGAUACACAAUUUCUCAAAGAGUUGUAUUUGGUAUCCGUGGGUCAUGGGUUGGGAUUAUUAUAAGAAUCAUUCUAUCCAUAGUAUGGUUUGGAUCUCAAGCUUAUCUAGGUUCACUCUGCUUAAGUUGUGUCUUUGCCUCGUGGAGUAAAUCAUACUUGAAUAUGAAAAAUACAAUCCCUGAUUCGGUAAAUAUGACAACUCAGCAAUUGGUCGGCUUUGUCAUUUUCCAGUUGAUUUCGAUUCCUCCUUUAUUCGUAAAACCUGAAAGGUUCAACAAAGCUUUAAUUGUUUCCUGUAGUGCAACAUUUUUUGCUAUGCUUGGUAUCACUAUUUGGACUGUUGCCAGAAAUGGUGGAUCAAAUGGGCCAUUGAUGAAUGAAUCAGGAGAUAUGUCUUCUUCUACAAGAGGAUGGGCGUGGAUGUACGGGAUUAGUUCUUGGUACGGUUCUCUUUCUUCGGGAGUUGCAAAUCAGUCUGAUUUCACCAGGUUUUCCAAAAAAACUUGGUCUUCCUUGUAUGGAACGAUUUUCUCUCUUGUGGUUGUUGGUACCGUUAUUCCUUUAAUGGGCUUGAUAUCAGCUUCGGCUAUGAAAGGUAGAUACGGAAUUGAAAUCUGGAGACCUGACGAAAUCAUUAUGUACUGGCUUGAUGAGGAUUAUUCUGCUACAUCAAGAGCUGCUGCAUUCUUCUGUGGUUUAGUAUUCACCGUUUCCCAAAUAACUUUCAACACAAUGGGAAAUGGCUAUGCUGGUGGGAUGGAUUUGGCUGGAAUUCUUCCUAAGUAUGUUACGAUUAGGCGUGGAGCUAUAAUUACUGCAUUAUUCUCUUGGGUAGUUCAGCCUUGGGAUUUCUACAAUACUUCUUCAACAUUCGUCACCGUCAUGUCAUCUUUUUCAGUUUUCAUGUCGCCAAUCGUCGGUAUAAUUAUCUCUGACUUUUGGAUAAUUAGAAAAAAGCAUAUAAAGUUAUCACAUUUGUAUACUGACGAUCCAAGUGGAAAAUACUGGUACUGGAAAGGUGUGAAUUACAGAAAUCUAAUUAUAUGGAUCAUUUGCUUUGCACCUGGGCUCCCAGGUUUAGUCAAUUCGGCAAAUUCAUCGCUUACCAUAUCUCCAGGAGCUAAGAAGUUUUACUACGGUAAUACACUAUUCGAAUUCGCUAUGGCAUUUUUCAUGACAUAUGUCACAUCGUUGGUCUGGCCCUAUAAAGAUAUCGAAGAAGUAGACAGCUUUGACUAUUUUGCUACUUGGACUGACGAAGAAUGUGCUAAAUUGAAUAUUGUUCCGUAUCUGAAAAUUACGAAGAACGAUAUUGAAAUUGAUCCAAUAACUAGCGUUUUAUCUAGUGAACAAGUAAUAAUCCUUGCUGAAGAACUGAUUAUUCAGAAAGAAUAA